AUGGCUGAUCUCACCACUCCCUCACUCUCGUCCUCUGUGGAUUCCAUCCUACCAUCCAGACGCCUCGGUGCCCCACCGGCCCAGUCCUCCCCACACGACAAGGAAAAUGUUCCACCCGGUGGUAAAAUAGGUCCUAUCAGAAAGUCGAAGAAGGUCGCUCGAUCCUACUGCCACAUUGGAAAGAGUACUCAGCGAGGUGACAAGUCGAUGAAGAAUAGUAAGCGGAGGGUUGGGCUCUUUGGGCAACCAGUGAAUGGCAGUCGAGAGGGGGAUAUCUCGGUCGGGGGAUUGAACUAUAAUCUCAAUAUUGUGUCGAUGGAGGAACAUCUUCUCAUCGCUACUAUCCACGAUGUUGAUCGACGUGCAAAGGAGUUGACUGAGAGUCCUUUGGCGGAAGUAACUGAGGCUUAUGAUGUGUCCUUACCUUUUGCAUCUUUGUUGAUGGCAGCAGUCACCCGUCGUCCUCUCACUUCUCGCCCUAUCCCUCCACAAGUUCCAGCAGUCUUCUCUCCAUCAAAAGCACCUAGUCGUUCUACAUCCCUUUCAGCAAAGCGUGCUCGUUCUCCAGAACCAGCGGGCGACGUCUCUGCGCCUUAUGCCAGCGUCAAACGCCCAAGAGCAGUGCCUCCUUCCCCGUCGCCAGCACCACUAUUUUCAGCUUCAGCUGCCACACGUGAAGACGAAAGGAGAGAGCGAGAGCGAAAACGCGCUGAGCGCGAGGCCAUAAAAGAAGAGUUCCGUAUCAAAUACACGCGCGCAUUCCCUUCUUGGGUAUUCUACUUUGACCUCGAUCUCCUUGAUCCAGAAAGUGCAGCCCUCAGGGAUGCUCUUGCAUCACGAGUUUCUCAUCUGGGAGGGCGGGUCGACGAUUUUUUCUCGAAUGAGAUCACGCAUCUAAUCACAAAUCAAGUUGUUCCCUCAGAAGAUCCCAGUGCAAACAAGGAGAAUGUGACAAGGCUUCGUUCGUCUGUGCCGAAAUCCAGCGCUUUGCUGAAGAGUCCCAUAAAGCUUCGAGGACGCCCUGCUGAGGAUUCGCCAGGUUAUGAUAUACUUGUCCAGAAAGCCCUCAAGUGGGGCAUGAAGAUUUGGAACACUAUCAAACUCGAUAGCAUUCUUGAACGUUGCGAUGUUCCAGCACUACCUGCAUCGACUUCCUCUCGCCCAAUAGCGACCCAAGGCACACCUUCUGCAACAACGUCUAACCAGCGGUCUCUCACUCGCCUCCUUGCAUCGGAACGUUUACAUGGGACUACUACGGAACGGGACCCUACCCAGAAGAGGCAUGAUUUCCGGUAUUUCUCCAAGUCAAGUUAUUUUGUAUUAGUAGAGGACGUGCGACAGGAAGUCGCGACAAUCCAUGCGUUGGAAUAUCCUAUCAGCAGAGGACGUGACGGCAAAGAGAAAGGGGCCUGGCCAACUCUCCAUUGCCAUCCAAAGGCAAGAGGACCCUUCAUAGAGUUUGACGAAAAGGAAAGAAGACGAUGGGAGAAGUCACAAAAGGCUGAGGCUGAUAAGGAGAAGGAGCGCAUUCAAAAGGUGGCGAGGGAGUUGAAGCGCAAAGCGCAAGCACAGAUGGCUGCUCGCAAAACAGGUGAUCUUCGGCGAUCAGUAUCGAUGAACAACCUCCACCGUCGCGCACAAGACGCAUAUGACGGUUUGGACGAAUUUAACGAUUUCGAUGGAGAUUGUGGAGAAAACCAAGAUUCUGCGAACGCUUCCGGAUAUCUGGCAUCAACUGGAACAGGAGCUUAUAUUGCUGCGUCAGGUAACAGUGUAGGUAUCACUUCUACCACUGGGACCACUUCAAACGCCGGGAAUGCGUUUCGGACAUUGGACUUACCAGCUUCCCUGCGAGGAAGGAUUCAGCAACAAGUGGUUACUUCGCGUAAAGUUUCUACCGUGGCUGCCGGCAAAGAACAGGAUGUCAAAAGGGCUGGCACUAUGGGCCCUCCUGUCGGGAUACCUGAACGUCCACAUGCAAUGUUAAGGAAGAGUCGUAGCACCAAUACGCUCAAGCUGCCGAAACGUGAAGAGGGAAGUAAACCCGGUUAUUGCGAGAGUUGUCGGGUGAAAUUCGAUGACUUCAACGCUCACAUCCAGGACCGCAAGCAUAGGAAGUUCGCUACCAAUGACGCCAACUAUCUUCAGCUCGAUUUUAUCCUGGGUCGAGUCACGCGUCGCACCCGUCAGCAAGUCGAAGAAAACGAGCGGAUUUGGGCUGCUAGCUUGUGUAGCGACAGCGACCACAACAGUAACUCUGACGUGUUGGACUCGGAGCGUUUCUCAUCUCAGUCUCCCCAUCAGCUUACGCCCCGACAGCAAGACAUCGACAUGUGGGAUGACGAGCUUGAUGCGGAGGGUGAGGUAGAUUUGGACAUGUGAGAUAAAGUAACUGGCAUUGACGGACUGGGCACGAGUAUGGCAAAGUCGCCUUUUUUCGGGGUGUAUCUCUUUGGGUGUACUCGACUUUUAUAUUCAUUUGAUCCCACCUGCAUCCAUUGUAGCAUAGUUCUGGCAUGUUAACUCUUUGAUUCCGUCAUGGAAUAAUGAAGGAGUCAUCAAU